AGGAGAAUAUCAUUCGUAGCCUUGCAUUUGAGCACAUAACUUAUCUGCAGAGUCAGUCAUCAACGAAGUUAAAUUCUUUCGUGAAAUUCUAAAUCUAAUAACAACAAAAAUGUCUUACGCUACACUAGUGAACAAUUGCAACGCCAGCACUUUGGCUGAGCAAGGCAUCAACAAACCGAACUACACACCAAGGAAGGCGCUCAAAAAGGCAUUCAAACUAUUGAAACGCGUCUUCAAGCCAGUAACAGUCAGCAAGGUAGAUAACAACAACAAUACAAAGCAACAAAUCACAGCCGAAAACCCUCCAGCAGCAACUGAGCAGCAGCAAAGCCAAGAAGCCGAAACAUCCACAUUCAACGCUAGCAUCCUCACCAUUUGCUCAACACUAAGCGCUGAAGAGUACGAGAACGAACUGAACGAGUCAGCUGAAUUGGCAGCUAAAAUCAAAUUGAUCGCUGCUGAGUAAUCUGUUGUCGAAAACUACACUGCUUUAUUGAUAAUCAAGGAUGUUCUCCAUUAAGUAUCCUACUGGCAAGCCGCUAGUGCCUUCAAGGACUUGGUUCGUCCUUAAACCACACCGCUUACGUUACAUAAGCAGAAAGAGCUUUAAUAGUUUGUAAAAGAUAUGUUCGUGAUGCAGUCGAACUGCCCAGCAAUUUUAUCGUCGAUGCAAUCACGCCCUUUAAUCGUUCUGCGUGCGUGUUUCUUCGCUUCAUUGUGAACGUAACACGCCGUGGGCUGGCUUUUUGGAAGUGUCGACGAUGUUUAAAUGCUUUAAUUUUUUGAUUUUUAAUUUAAGAAUCAUUUGUCUUCCAAUUAGUUGUUAAGUACCAUUUUUUUUAUAAAAUUUAC